CGCGCGGUGGUGGCUGGCGAGCGGCAGCAUGGUGCGAGUGCGGGGGGCCGCGGCCCCCAGCUUCUUCCUGCUGCUCCUGCUCCUGCCCCGGCUCCUGUGCCGCCCGGUGGCCCUGCGGGCCUGGCACGCCAGGACCGCCCAGCUGCGAGCGCCGGGCCCAGAUGGGCGUGUAGCCAAGGCUGACCCCUCUCUGGACAGGGGACCAGUCUUCAAGCGUCAGCAAGACCCCCUGGAUGGGCCUGCAGUGGAAGCGCCUGGAGAUUUAGCGCAGGAUUCCGUUUCUGAGUAUCAGCAGGAUCCCCUCGAUGUGCCUGUAGACAGAGCAUAUCCAUCUUCAGAGAGGGACCUGAUUUUUGAGGGUCGCUGGCAUCUCCAGGGCAGAGCUUCCCCAGGCUCAAAAAGGGGUUGGAUGUUUGCGCAUCAGCGUCCUCCCCUGGAUGUGCCUGCAGGCAGAGUGUACCUCUCUUCGGAGAGGGAUCCCAUUUCUGAGCGUCGGCAGGAUCCCCUGGAUGUCCCUGCAUCUGAAGGGCGUGGAGGUCCAGAGCAGGAUCCGAUUUCUGAGCAUCGUCAGGAUCCCCUGGAUGUGCCUGCAGGCAGAGUGUACCUCUCUUCGGAGAGGGAUCCCAUUUCUGAGCACCAGCAGGAUCCCCUGGAUGUCCCUACAGCUGAAGGGCGUGGAGGUCCAGAGCAGGAUCCGAUUUCUGAGCAUCGUCAGGAUCCCCUGGGCAGAGCUUCCCCAGCUUCGAAAAGGGGUCGGAUAUUUGCUCAUCGGCGUCAUCCCCUGGGCAGAGCUUCCCCAGGCUCAAAAAGGGGUUGGAUGGCUGAGCGUCAGCAAGAUCCCCUGGAUGUGCCUGCAGGCAGAGUGUACCUCUCUUCGGAGAGGGAUCCCAUUUCUGAGCGUCGGCAGGAUCCCCUGGAUGUCCCUACAGCUGAAGGGCGUGGAGGUCCAGAGCAGGAUCCGAUUUCUGAGCAUCGUCAGGAUCCCCUGGGCAGAGCUUCCCCAGCUUCGAAAAGGGGUCGGAUAUUUGCUCAUCGGCGUCAUCCCCUGGGCAGAGCUUCCCCAGGCUCAAAAAGGGGUUGGAUGGCUGAGCGUCAGCAAGAUCCCCUGGAUGUGCCUGCAGGCAGAGUGUACCUCUCUUCGGAGAGGGAUCCCAUUUCUGAGCGUCGGCAGGAUCCCCUGGAUGUCCCUUCAGCUGAAGCGCACGAAGGUCCAGAGCAGAAUCCCAUUUCUGAGCGUCAUCAGGAUCCCCUGGGGACAACUCCUUCAAAAUGGGAAGAGAAGGUCCCCGACAUAAUCCCAGUGGAUAAAACUGGUGAAGAUGUGGACAAUAAGAAAACAGAUGGAAAUCGUAACAACACACAGAAGACCUACAUUAUAGCACUGUCUGUGGCAGUCACUGGUUUUAUACUAGCCAUGAUAGGCAUCCUUGCUUUGCACUGGAGAAUCAGAAAACGAGAACCACUCCUACCUGCCACAGACCCGUGUAUAAAACAUCAUACCAAACUUCAGCCAAAUCAAGAAGGCAUUAGGAAAAACAAGGCAAAAAGAUGGGGCUGCCAUAGAUGCAGAGAACAUCAUCCACAGUCCUGUCACAGGGAAAGUUCAAGGACUAUUUCUGAGUGACAGUCUGUGUGCCCAUCUGUGCGCCUUGCCGGUCAGCUGUUGCAGCUGGAGCAGUACUCCCUUGCACCACUCCCCCCUCGGCCGCCACGCGUGCUGUGCCCAAGCUCUGAUUUCCUGCCUGCCUCGGAAGUGCAGGCAUACCUCGGAGAUACGGCUGGUGCGGUUCCAGACCACCACAAUGAAGUGAGCAUCGGAACAAAGCGAGAAACACAAUUUUUUUUUUUAGUUUCCCAGUGCAUAUAAAGGUUAUGUUUACACCAUACUGUAGUCUGUUGUGUGCAAUAGUAUUUUGUCUAAAAGAACAAUGUACAUACCUUAAUCAAAAAUACUUUAUUGCUAAAAAAUGCUAACUAUCAAUCAUCUGAGCCUUCAGCGAGUUGCAGUCUUUUUGCUGAUGGAGAGUCUUGCCUCAAUGUUGAUGGCUGCUGACUGAUCAGGGUGGUGGUUGCUGAAGACUGGGGUGGCUGUGGCAAUUUCUUAAACUAAGACAACAAUGAAGUUUGCUGCAUCGAUUGACUCUUCCUUUCACGAGCGAUUUUUCUGUGGCAUGUGAUGCUGUUUGAUAGCAUUUUACCUGCAAUAGAACUUCUUUCAAAAUUGGAAGUCAAUCCUCUCAAACCCUGCUGCUGCUUUAUCAACUAAGUUUAUGCAAUAUUCUAAAUCCUUUGUUGUCAUUUCAACAGUGUUCACAGCAUCUUCACCAGGAGUAGAUUCCAUCUCAAGAAACCACUUUCUUUGCUCAUCCAUAAGUUAAAGUUUUAUCAUGAGAUUGCAGCAAUUCAGUCACAUCUUCGGGCUCCCCUUCGAACUCGUUCUCUUGUUGUUUCCACCACAUCUGCAGUUACUUUGUCCGCUGAAGUCUUGAACCCCUCGAAGUCAUCCAUGAGGGUUGGAAUCAACUUCUUCCAAAUUCCUAUUGAAGUUGAUAUUUUGGCCUCCUCCCAUGAGGCACGAAUAUUCUUAAUGGCAUCUAGAAUGGUGAAUCCUUUCCAGAAGGUUUCAAUUUACUUUGCCCAGAUGCAUCAGAGGAAUCACUAUCUAUGGCAGCUAUAGACUUACAAAACGUUAAUAAGACUUGAAAGUCGAAAUUACUCUUUGAUCAAUAGGCUGCAGAAUGGAUGUUGUGUUAGCAGGCAUGAAAACAACAUUAAUCUCAUUGUACAUCUCCAUCAGAUCUCUUGGGUGAACUAUCUAUUCCACAAGUACAAGUUUAGAAAAAUAAAACAUAAUUCCCUCUCAAAUGCUUUCAGGUUUUUUUUUUUUAAUUUUUUUUAAUGGAAAGAAUUUUUUGGAUGGGGUGAGAAAGGGAGAAGCAUGAGUGUUUAAAAAUG